UUUAUGACGAAAUUCUCACUCCUCCUUCGUCGUUUUCAACUACCAAUCAAUUUAUAAGCCUUUGGUCAAUGUCUAUACACCAGAUUACUCCAUUGACGGACAUGACAUGACCUCUCUCUCCUCAAUUAAACUUCACUCCCUCGACAUACAUAUACAGAGAUAAAUCUCCAUCCAAUUGAUCUCAUCAAAAGAUGCUUCAACCUAAUUUCCUUCCAUUAAUCACCUUUGUAUUCUGGUCAUGGUGGAGGCUUAACGGCGUCGUUGCCGACCCCCAGAUCAAUCUCCUAAGCCAAGGGUGUACACCAUCCACCAUCUUCGUCUUGUCCAACUUCUCCAUCUUCAGCGACAACGUCAACAAAACGUUUCGACACAUGAGAAAGAAGCUCGUCAAUAGUCAAAACGAGAACUUCGUGACAGCGCAGCAAGCCAACGCUGAAAACCCAGUUUUCAGUCUUUUUCAGUGCAGAAACUACCUCUCCGUUCAUGACUGUGUCGCCUGUUUUGACGCUGCCUCCAAACAAAUCCGAGACUGCCCCGCCGGAGCACAAGGUGGCCGCGCCGUCUACGACGGCUGCUUCCUCAGGUACGAGACCAGUGCUUUCUUUGACCAGACAACUGAGAAUUUCAAUGCCGUGUCGUGUGGCAAUCAAACUGCAAGAGAAUCCACAGAAUUUACCUCACUUGUGCAACAAGUUCUAAUGAAUCUGCAAACAACACCACCCAAAAGACGUGGGCUUUUUGCAGCCACAAAAGCACAAUUGCCUGAGAAUGGUUCAACUAUUUAUGCGUUUGCUCAAUGUACUGAAACUAUCACACAAAAUGGGUGCCUCAAUUGCUUGAACACUGGGUACAACAAUAUUCUCACUUGUUUUCCCAAUUCUGAUGGUAAGGCUUUUGCUGCUGGAUGCUUCAUGAGAUACUCUUCCACUUCCUUCUUUCCUGAUAAUUUCCAGACAAUUGAUGUUACUCCCUUGUUAGGCAAACAAGGUACAAGCAAUAAGGGGGCCAUUGUCGGUGGUGUUGUUGGUGGUGUAAUUCUUGUUUUGAUCCUCAUUGUAUUAUUUGCCUGUAUUAGACGGCCAAAAUGCACUACGAGGGUUCACAGAGGAGACAUAAUUAGAGCAACUAAGUUGAAAGGCCUUGUUACAUAUAGUUAUAAGGAUUUGAAGUUUGCAACUGAUAAUUUUAGUGAAGAAAAUAAACUAGGAGAAGGAGGAUUUGGUGCAGUAUAUAAGGGUACUCUAAGGGAUGGGAAAGAAGUUGCAGUCAAGAAGUUAACUUUACAACACUCUAGAAGAAUUGAGGAAGAUUUUGAGAGUGAAGUGAUGCUCAUAAGUGAAGUUGAUCAUCCAAAUCUUGUUCAACUUCUGGGAUGGUGUAGCCAAGGCCGUGUCAGGAUCCUUGUUUAUGAGUAUAUGAAGAACAAUAGUCUUGACAAAUUCUUAUUUGAUGGAAAGAAAGGUUAUCUCAACUGGAAGCAGCGAUAUGAUAUAAUUUUAGGAAUAGCAAGAGGUUUGACUUAUCUUCACGAGGAAUUUCAUGUUCGUAUUAUACAUAGAGACAUAAAGACUAACAAUAUUCUCUUGGAUAAUGACCUACAACCUAGAAUUGCUGAUUUUGGAUUGGCAAGGCUUUUACCAGAGGAUAAAUCUCACCUUAGCACAAAAUUUGCAGGAACAUUAGGAUACACAGCACCGGAGUAUGCAAUUCAUGGUCAAUUAUCAGAAAAAGUUGAUGUCUAUAGCUAUGGUGUUGUAAUUCUUGAAAUCAUUACUGGUCAACGAAGCAAAGCGAUAAAGGAUGAAGGCGAUACCGAAGAUGAAUUCCUCCUUCCAAAAGCUUGGAAACUAUAUGAGAAAGGCAUGCACUUAGAGUUGGUGGACAAAACCUUAGACCCAAAUGACUAUGAUGCAGAAGAAGUGAAGAAAAUUAUUGAGAUUGCUUUGCUCUGUACCCAAGCGUUUGCUGACUUAAGGCCAACCAUGUCCGAAGUAAUUGGUUUGCUCCAAAAUAGUGGCUUAUUAGAAAAUAUAAGACCCUCUAUGCCUCUCUUGAUUGUAACUGAUUAGGAGUGCUUAGACGAAGACACCGCUAUCAUCAUAUGAUAUCGUGCAUCUAUACUGUCAGCAAGAUAGUUGAAUUUUACAGGAAUGUGUAGUUACCUCAAUAUCUCGGGGUCUGUAUGAAUGCAAAAAAUGCCUCAAUAUCCAACGUUGUUCAAUUACUACGAUUUAGUAAAA